AUGGCUAUUCACAGCGGACAAGGAGGGAAGUUUGCAGAGGAUUUCUGCUUUGAUCGCGCCGGGGCACCCGCUUGGAGACUGCCGAAUGGCAAGUCGAAAAUCGAAUGCAUUGUCUUCAGUCUUGCUGUGUUAUGCUGGCGCCAGUUGAAGAAGCUGAGGUCUUUCGGGUUGAGCUGCGGGGCUCGAGAUAGGAGUGUCAUUCCCUGUCUUCAGUUCCUGAUGAUGCCUCGAUCUUCCGCCCUUCUAGGGCUUACCGUUUGGCUGGUGUCGGGGCUGGUGUUUUCAACAGCCACCGAUGACGCCAGCUGUGCAUCGAACGCUCCACCUUCCGGACAAUCUCCAUCCCUUCUAGCCGUGAAAGCAGAGACUCAUUCGGUCGCCGGCCUUGCCGUCCUCGAAGAUGCGAAGCCGGUGAACUCUACGAAUGCGAGCAAUGCGUCUGCGAAUGUGACGCUGGAAGGGCUGGUCAAGAACAACGUCGUGGACAACAUGAACGAGAUCAACGCAUUGCCGAAGUUGGAGAACAGCAGCGAUGAAAUCAAUGCAAACAACAUCACCGGAAACGGCACAAAGAGCACGACGACAAAUACGACCAACGGCACAAAUGGCACCAAAGCUCCUCGUGGCUCUACUAGGCCUCGACACGGUUUCGGAGAGCUGGCGGUCAACUUGGAGUUCAUCACGCUGAAGUUGGCGCAGCUGGAGACCGUCGCGGAGCUGCAACAAGUCGAGAUCCACAAGCUCCUCCAGAAGGUCGACGAGCAGGACAAGGAGAUCCAAAGUCUCAAGGCGCAGGCCGGCACAGCUCCCGGGCCGACGCCGAGCUUUGCCCAGGAAGCGCAAGAGCAUCGCGUGGAAGUGGCAACAUCUGUUUUCAAGAAGGUGGUGCAGAAGCACCUGCACCAAAGGCAGAAGCGAGAGUUUGUGACGCCAUUCUCAGGCAAAGCCACGCCUUCCUCGCCGAAACCUUCGACGCCAAGGGCCAAGGCGGCCAAGGACCACCUUGUCUACCGGACAGGCAACCAGACUUCCCUGGACACGGCCGUGUCUGCCAAGUUCGUAGACGAUUUUGUGGACACCGUGAGUGACGUUGGCGGUGCUGCGCUUGGGACCAUUACGGAUGGAACUGGCAUGAUUGGGGAUGCCCUGGGUGAUGCUUACGAGCACGCUGCAGACCAGAUUUCCUUCGUUGCAAACACUGUCAUCGACACUGUGGAGAUGGCCGUGACCAUCCUUCUUCGUGGCUUUACGGACUGGGAUGCUUCGUGCCCUGACAUGCAGUGGCCCGACAUGACCGUGAACUCCAACGGGCUCUACGUUGACUGGGGGAAGCAGUACUGCUACAUUAGGCUCAUGGGCCAGAGCAUCACACUCCUCGACUUCGACUUCGGGGACACGAGCCUCAACUGGCCAGAGCCUAUCAAGACGGUCACACGCUAUGGCCUGGAGCCCAUUAAGGCCGUGGUCAACAUCGGCCGCGAGGUCGUCAGCUGCGCAACAGAGGGAUCCGUCACAGAUGUCUUUAAGUGCUUCGGCAACAAGUUGCUGGAAGUCGUUCCGCCACUGAACUUCCUGAAUCGCAUCGGUGACAUGAUUCAGGAGUUCAUUGAGGUAUUUGCGCACAUUGCCACAGCUGUCAUCAACACCAUCUUGAAGGACAGCAGCUCACUAAUCCAGACUGCCGUGAACUCAAGCUUCCCAGCCGUCGGAGCUCCGCCCUUGGUGCACCAUUCGGGGAGGAAUCUCGUUGUCAAGACUCAUGCGCAACGCCGCCCCGGUUCCCAGAGUUCCCAGCCGGCUCAGCGCAAUGCGGGCUCGGGCACAAUGGGCGCCGUAGAGGUGGAUGCGAAGCGUCAGCGAGCAAAGGGGGGCGACGACGAUGACGACGACUCUGAUGGUGGCAUCACCUUCGAGAUCCACGACAACGAGGCCAACUACGCGACGAAGCUCAUAACGCAGUUUGCUGGCAAGGAGACCGACACCAGCAGCUGCUUAGCUUUCGCGCCGAAGACUCGUCGGGGUACCAACAACAAGGUGACGAAGCGUGAUUGGCAAGUUGGCCCUGGACAGGAUUUCAUCCAACUGGAGCCCUGGGCAGUUCCAUGUGACAAUUCCUGGAUGCAGGAAAAUCCUGACAAGUGGGAGGGCUAUUCCUUCUACACAUGGGAAUCUGCUAUCGAGAAGUGCGUGACCGUGAGCUACAGCAUGUCCACUCAGCCUGUGCUGGCCUUCGUUGGGGGCUUGGAGUUCGACUUACUCCCGUCGCCACUGACAGAGAUGGAGACCACAGUAUGUUGGCCAGACAAGCAGCCGGGUGGCGUCGACCUCAGCGUCCUUCGCACGGUGAUUCUGUCCGGCGGUGUCCAGCUCUUCAGUCGCACCCUCCGCCUAACCAAGCGCUUUGGCAGCAACACGGAUUUCGAGCAGGGCAACAUCUUUCCUGCACACGAGACAUGGCGAAACCCGAUUGGCAUUGCCACCGGCACCCACGGGGUCGAAGAUGACCGCUCCCUCGAAGCCAUGGACAGGGAGGCCUCGCUGCUUCAGAACGACACGACGCGGACGGCUCGGACGCGGAGCAGAAAGCCUUCGAAGCAGGAUCUGCACUGGAGCGAAGAGGAGGUUUCGCUGGCCUCCAUGCUCUACGAUCGGUACAUGAACAAGAGCUUCACGAAAGAGCUGCGGGGAAAGGAUGCCCGAGACCAGCUCCGGCUCAUGCAGGAGGAGCUCCAGAGCGACUUCCAGCUCUUCAGCUUCAGCAACCCCGGCCUGGUCUCCUUCAGCAUCCGGGGGAUCCUGUCCAACAACAACCUGCAGAUUGCACUCAAGGUCAGUUUUGGGCCCUUCACCUCUCCAGAGAAGCGGAUCACUUUAGUCAACAUCAUCGAUCAUUACCGCCUCGUCUUGUCUGCCAUGCCCUUUGUCUCCGUGGACACGCGCCUCAAGGCGCUGAAGGCCCUUCAGGACUUCUCGAAGAGCGACGUCUCCACCGCAAACGCGGGCUCCACAGCCGUGGUCGGCGAAGACAAGCCUUCCAAGAACUUUCGGAGCGACAACAGAAAUUACCUCGCUUUCAGCACACGCCAGCAUGGCCAGGUCACGAACUUGUGGAACGAACUCAUUGCAGGCGACAUGACAUGGGAAGUGGUGAUGAAGUUUCACGAGACACCACCAUGGCAGACGAACAUUAUGGGUACUUACGAGUUCAAUGAUAACACCUACAGCACUUCCAAUCGCCGGCGUUCGGUGGGCCUUUUCGUGAGGCCGGAUGGGCGUCAUUUCAUUGGUGCUGCCUUGCAGGGCGAGUCCGGCAGCUCGGUGUCUGGCCCUAACUUGUUCGACCACAAGUGGCACCAUGUCGUCUUUGUCCUCUCCAAGAGCACGCAGCAAGCUUACUAUUUCAUAGACGGCGUCAAGAUCAACUCCUGCUCGUACCCCGUUGGUACUCAGAACCCUGGGAUGGAUGGGACACUAACUGUCGGGGGCGGGCACCUGUCGCGAAACUUUCUCAAUCAGGUGAGCCGAUUUGCAAUCUGGAGUCGAGCUUGGUCUCAGGACGAUGCUACCAAAGCUAAGACCUGUUCUGUCGAUACCACCGGCCUCAGAGUCCUCUACACUCUCGACGGUGGCUAUGAGGACAUCGAGAAUCACUACCUCGACCUUCGCAGCGUCGGUUCUGGUGGAGCUUUUGUGGCAUGCACUGACUGCCAGCAUUGUUCUACAUAUGCCAGCACUGCUGUAAGCAUCCGUUAA